UUGGUACCCACUCCACACCCCAUUCUAUGAGUAAUAUAACCGAAUUGGCACAACCCCCUGUGGAUUUAAUCUCCAGCUGCCGCCUUUCACCUACAUAUCCUCACUUGCUUGUUUCAGCAUGGGACGGGACUGUCUCGUUAUAUGAUGCAGAUAUCCUGACCGCUCACACGCGGAGUGGCCCGAUGGUGCGUCUCCAGAACCAAUCCUCAGUACUUGAUACCACAUUUGACCUAUCGCUUACAGGACACGGAAGGAAAGCGUAUUAUGGCUCGUUAGACGGAUCCAUUGGAGAGAUCGAUUUUGAGAAUAAUGCCUUGGGCGGCACAGUGGGCAAAAAGCACACGCAUGCCGUCUCCGCCGUAAAGAGUAUCCCGGGCCUAGAAUUAUUGGUGGCAGGUUCCUGGGAUAAGUCGUUACAGUAUGUUGACGUCAGAUCUCCCUCAACCGAUACGGUGACGUUACCAGGCAAGGUGUUCAGCAUGGAUGCCAACGAGAAAAACGUGAUUGUGGCGAUGAGCGACAGAAUCAUCCACAUCUACGACUUGCGAUCCCCCCGUCAGCCCUUUCAGAUCAGGGAGAGUGGCCUCAAAUACCAAACAAAGGACAUUGAAAUAAUGCCCACUGGAGAGGGCUAUGUGCAGUCUUCCAUCGAGGGGAGAAUUUCAGUGGAAUGGAUCGAUCCAAGUGACAGAUACCAGUCGCAAAAGUAUGCGUUCAAGUGCCAUCGACUGAGCAGUAAGGAUGCAGGUGGGGCGGACGUUGACAACGUCACGUCCGUGAAUGCUCUCUCUUUUCACCCUAGACACUACACAUUGUUUACCGCAGGCUCCGAUGGCCAUGUCUGUAUCUGGGACUUUAAUACUCGUAAGAGGUUGAAACAGUAUUCAAAGUUAGACCUCCCAGUUCUUCACCUAUCUACCGCGGAACGAAAAGGUCAGACUAUGAUGGCGCUCUGCACUGGUGAUGAGAGUUUCAAGCGGUUACCGAAGGAAGAGGUACACGGAAACGUACACGCAUCUCAGCCAGCUGUAAAAUCUAGAAUCUACCUCAAAGGGCUUGCAGAUAAUGAAGGAAUGCCCAAGAAGGUAAACGGGCGGUAAAGCAAAGAGAAAAGACCAAAAUAUCUGAUAGCGUUCGAGCUAAAAUGGAAAUAACUCUACGGUCUUGUUUAUGAUUCAUGUAUUUUGGCUUAAAGGGUAUUUCAAAAAUGGUGGAAUCUUACGAAUUUGGAUUUAGACUUGGUAUCGUAUGUUGGCGAUGCCUGCUACGGCAUGCUGCUUUUUUAAACUAGUUCAAUUAGUGAGAACAUGACACAAAAACUAAUUUCAAGGACUUGUCUCAGCAUUAUAAUUUGG